AUGGAUUCCGCCCUCAAUGACGAGGACGUCAGAGACGACUCAGCGGAGCUCACUACGGCAGUUUCCGUUGCGGGGCGCAAUACAUAUGCAGACGGCACAGUUGUCCCAGAAGACGAGCUCCAGUUUAUGGUCAGCUUACGCCGCAACGGUCAGCACGUGUGUGGUGGAUCGUUACUGCCGGAUCUCCGGUCUGUCAUCACCACCGCUCACUGCGUCCAUGAUGCUCAUGGGAAUCGCGUUCCUGUGGAGCACCUCAGCGUCGCCGUGGGAAUUCGUCAGCGCACCCACAUCCUACGCUCUCACAUUUUUGCCGUACACCAGGUCGUGGUGCAUCCCAGUUACGACAAACUGCGCAUCGGGAACGAUAUCGCCGUUCUACGCUUAACCGGCAGCGCCGCCGGCAUUGAUAACGUGGCCGGCGUAAGACUGUCCUCUGUUGGCGUAGAACCACCCGUCGAUGCGCCGCUACUGACGGCCGGCUGGGGACGCACGGAGCAAAGACCGUUCGCAUCUUCGUCCAAAGUGUUGCUCCAAACCACGCUUCGGAUGAUGGAUCGCGAAAAGUGUCGGCGAACUCUCGGUUUGAAUACGAUUCCGAAAAGUCAGAUCUGUGCCGCGAGCUCGACAUCCGCAACGUGCGAGGGCGACGGUGGCGGUCUAUUGGUUGACCGGCGGAACGGAGCGGAUUAUUUGGUUGGCUUAAUCAGCUAUGGCGCUUCCGGAUGUCAGCGGGGCAUGCCGACCGUCUUUACUAAGGUUAGCCACUACGCCGACUGGAUCGAGCACGUCAGUAACGGCCAUACUGAGGACCAAGCUACCGCUACCGCGGGUAAUGGAUUCCCGUUUUUCGUCGUUCUACGCCACAAUGGUGUGCAUGUAUGCGGUGGAUCAUUGUUGCCGGAUCUCCAGUCCGUCAUCACCACCGCGCACUGCGUCCAUGAUAAACAGUACGUGAGCUACAAUUUCUAA